CAUCACCACAACUCUCUCAUUCUUUGUUACGAACUACGAAGCGUCUCAAACUUGCACUACAUAAAAUAUGUUUAAUUGGUAAAAUUUCUCGUUCAGAUUCUUACAAAUUGUGGGUCUCUUUGUAUUAUUCUCAAAGUUUCUUCUUUGAUCUCUUUUUUGUUUUGGGUAUUUUGUGCUAACCAUGUUCCAAAACAGCAUCUUCGACAACGGCUCUCACGACCCUUCUUCACCAUAAGGUCAGGCUUUUGUUUUUUGCUGUUGAAUAGUUUGAUUAGUGAUGGUAAGAGUUGAGAUGGAUGAUAUUUAAAGGUUAGAGGAAAAGGUGAGACAUUUUCAGUUUGUGAAGGUUGAUUUUGUGUUGUUUGUCUUGAGGGGUGUGUAAUGGAAGAAGGGUUGCGGCAAAACUCAGUUCCUCCUAGUUCAGGUUUUGUUGAUAAAACUAAGGUUGUAGAGGCAAAACCCCUGCGUAGUUUAGCACCUGUGUUGCCAAAAUCUCUUCAAUCUUCUCUCUCUGGCCGGUACCCUUGUGUGUUUCCUCCGUUUGUUGUGGUUGAGGAAGCUCAAGAGUCUCAACCAUCAUCACCUGCUCCCAUUCCAGCUCCAAUAAAGUCCUAUAGGAACCCAUUAGUAGAAGAAGAAGAAGAAGAAGAAACCCCACAUGGAGCCAAUGGAGAUACUUCUUCACCGAUGGAGGUUCUUGAUGGUUAUAGCCAAAAGCGUGUGCCUAUGAACAGCUGCAAAUCAUCCCAAAAGAGGGGUAGGAAAACUCAGGAGUCACAGUUUGAUUCGAGUUCCUUGGUUGGUGGUGGUAUUGGUGUGGCCCAAAGGGAUGAUGGUGACCGUGAAACGGUUAAUCUAGUGCUCAUGACUUAUGAUUCUCUUCGAAGAAGGCUGUGUCAACUUGAAGAUGCUAAGGAGUUGAACACAACCAUGGCAAUCAAGCGGGCGGAUUUGAGAGCAAGCAAUGCCUUGUCGGCUAAGGCGUUUCGAACAAACAUGAGGAAGAGAGUAGGAGCAGUGCCUGGGGUUGAGAUUGGGGACAUUUUCUUUUUACGGAUGGAAAUGGUUCUUGUGGGUUUACAUAUCCAGUCAAUGGGAGGAAUUGACUACAUGACCACCAAGGAUGAAACAGUGGCUUUAAGCAUUGUUUCUUCCGGAGUAUAUGAUGAUGAAACGGAGGAUAAUGAUGUUUUAGUUUAUAGUGGUCAGGGUGAGAACUUCAACAAGAAAGAUAAGCAUGUGAUUGAUCAGAAGCUUCAAAGGGGUAAUCUUGCUUUAGAUAGAAGUUCACGCCAACAGAAUGAAGUUAGAGUCAUCCGGGGCCUAAGAGAUGCUGUGAACAGAAGUGCAAAAAUCUAUGUCUAUGAUGGUCUGUAUAAAAUCCAAGAUUCUUGGAUAGAAAGAGGGAAAUCCGGUGGUGGUGUAUUUAAGUAUAAGUUUGUUAGAUUGCCUGGACAACCUAGUGCUAUUGCUGUUUGGAAAUCGGUUCAGAAGUGGAAGAUGGACUCGUCUUCAAGGACUGGCCUUAUUCUUGCAGACCUCUCCAGAGGAGAUGAGAGUGUUCCUGUGUCACUUGUCAAUGAAGUUGAUAACGAGAACUGCCCCGUUUUCAAUUAUUUCAAUUCUCUCAAACAUCAGAAACCAUUCAGUUUAGGGCAAUCUUCAUAUGGCUGCAACUGUUACAAAUCAUGUGUCCCUGGUGAUUUGAGCUGCUCUUGCAUUCAAAGAAAUGAAGGCGACUUUCCAUACACUGCAAAUGCUGUUCUAGUGAGUAGGACACAAUUGGUUCAUGAGUGUGGCCCAAUGUGUAAGUGUUUCCCUAACUGCAAGAAUCGAGUAUCCCAGACUGGUUUGAAGCACCAAAUGGAAGUGUUCAAAACAAAAGAUAGAGGGUGGGGACUUCGAUCACUGGAUCCUAUUCGAGCUGGUACUUUUAUUUGUGAGUAUGCUGGAGAAGUUAUUGACAGGGCCAAGGUAAAUCCAUAUGGGGGAUACAAUGAUGACUAUAUUUUUGAUACAAGCCGUAUUUAUGAUCCAUUCAAAUGGAACUAUGAGCCUAGUUUAUUGGAAGAAAUAAGCUCAAAUGUCUCUAGUGAGGAUUAUGCUAUCCCGUAUCCUCUAAUUAUCAGUUCCAAGAAUUUUGGAAAUGUGGCAAGAUUUAUGAAUCAUAGUUGCUCCCCAAAUGUUUUCUGGCAGCCAGUCUUGUAUGCGGAAAACAAUCAAUCCUUUCUUCACAUUGCAUUUUUUGCCUUAAGACACAUUCCUCCAAUGGCAGAGUUAACAUAUGAUUAUGGAUGUUCUGGUCAUGCUGAGGGUGGCAACGCACCCAAAGGGAGAAAGAAAUGCCUGUGUGGAUCAUCAAAAUGCCGUGGUUCUUUUGGUUGAUGUUUUGUUGCAGUUUGCUCAUGGACAAGCAUGGUGCUGGCAAAUGUACUGAUGGCUAAAUGAGGUUUUCAGUUUUUUUAUGGAGCAUGUCCAAAUAUUUGGAAAUGUGUUGUACGAGUAUGCUUCUCACAUAGGAGGGCAUUAAAUAUGAAGAGCCAGAGAUAGCUUGGAAGUUCUAACGUAGUGGAUGCUUGCUUCCAAAUAUCAUUUUGAAGGGUAGAUAUACUUGAUUUAAAAUUAAUCAUGUUAGUUUGGCUCAUUUUUUGGCUGACUUGAAAUAGUUAGUGACUUUGGAUCAUCCUACCCGAUUCCUAAUUUUAAGGGGGAAAGAAUUUAGUCAGCAACUUGUGUAAAAAUUUUGUUGUAGGAAAUGUUCAUGAGAACUUGAAAAUAUCAUUAGCAUGGAUAUCUUUGCCCCCUAUUUUGGUUUUUGUAAUUGUAAUACAGUUAAUGUUGAUGUUGAUCAGAAGGCUAGAACUACAAAUGAUAUUUGGGAUUCUAGAAACGGAUUUGUUAAACCAUGCUAUGUAUCUUUUCUAUGCUAACUUUAUGGAUCUGAACUCACCCUUCAGGGUCCUUUCACUG